AUGAUCCUAUUGAGGAUGCAGACAGCAGCAAUGAUGGCCUCUCUGACUUUGCGGAAUCGAAAGAAGUUCUGGAUGCCAGGCAAGGCCCCGGACCUGCAAGCGCUGGACAAAAUGGCACAGAUACCCUCUCAGCUAAGCGAAUGGAGCAAUGGAGUGAUGGCCACAUCACAGCAGCCAUCGGUCAACACCGAAGCGACAACUGCUAGCAGCCUCAGCGACAACUCCCACCUUCGUCGCCUGGCUGCUGGAGCUGACGAUGCCCUUCUGCAGCUUCUUGGGCUGCUGGACGCAGUGCAAGACACCAGUGACAUGCCCGGCGCUCCAGACUUCACCGCUGGCACAGUGUACGACAACUCAAACCUGGCCGGUGUGGGAAACCAGUGCUUGGACCUUCGGGUCGGCUGGUUUCCACAGGAUAUCACCGUUGUCAUGACUGCCAAGGCCUACAUUCUAAAGCCUCAUGUGCCCCUUGCCCAGUUCGGAGUCACCGAAUAUCGUGGACGACAAUUCACAGCACAGCAGCUGGAUGCUAUUCGUGCGCAGAGGCUCAGCCUGGCAAUCUUCGCCUGCUGUCGUGGAACUGUGGCGGCCUUCACCGGGCAGCAGAAAGUGGCAUGCUCUGCACUCUGGCUCCGGCACCUCGGCUGGAGGUUGGCUCUUUGGCAGAGUAUUGAAAGCUGGAUCCGGCGUGUUCCUGCCAGGCCCUGUACCCGUCUGCCCUUUGUUCCGACCACGGGCAUGUACCAUCUGUUCGCCGUCUUUGGCAGCUACGCCAAGAUAGCAAAGCUCUGCGGCCAUUGGCUGGACACCCAGACGCCUUCCACAAUGUGUGCAAAGCCUCAAGCAGGCGAGCCGACCAUCCAUGACCUUCCCGCCCUCACCUCUACUCAGCAGCGCGGGCCCUUCCUUGGUGCCCGACAAACCGCUGACUCCACAGGACGAGAUGAAGAAGCAGACCAGAUGGAACUGGAACUGGAACAGGCUCCCACCUUGGGAAGACGCAAAGGCCAGCGGAACAGUCGAGCCACUCAGAGCGACACCAGCCUCGGCCCAAGUCCCAACAGGGCGGCAACGGCAAGGGCAGCGGGCAAUCCGUCGGCAGACAGAUUGGACCUCACUCCUACACAGGUGGCCUGA